AUGUUCAUGAACACAUUGCACCAUGCCAAGUUCUGGAGAAGUGCCUUCUCGAAGACGAAAGGGAUUUUUCAAAAUGAGGCAUACAGCGCAUUUAAGGGAAGGGAAAUAAAGAGGCCCGCCACAAGUGUGUAUGACCACGUUCAGGCGAAACAGGAAAAAAGCAAAAAAGGAGCAUUACCAAACUUAGGCAUCGAGGAAUAUGCACAGGAACGAAAAUCUCAGCAGGUGGAAGUACCACCCGUUAGGAGAAAACACGAGGAGGAGUUUAACCAAAGGAUUAACUCCUUCUAUGUCGAUAAAAAUGUUUUUUUUCUUGUCGGAUGUUUAUCCACCUUGUACAGUAUAUUUGUGUAUGACUUCUUCACAAACCGAUGUGUGCAAAUAUUUUCCAAUUUUUUUUUUUUUAUGUUUCAUUUUACUAGGAAGACGGUGAAUAUAAUGGCCUGUAUAUUGCACACUCUGUUUAUUUUCCUCCAAGUGUGCGUUUUGGUCAUUAAAUCUAGCCCCAAGUUGAACAUGCCGGUCGCUGAAUGA